AUGGCUAAUAAUUCACCAUUCCUUCCGUUCAUAUUCAUCCUUUUUUCAUCUCUUUCCACAAUCACAACCGCCCACCCACCACCACCUCCCUUGACUCUCGAUUAUUACGCUAAGUCAUGCCCAAGGUUCCACGAUAUCGUUCGGAACAUCGUUAUACCCAAACAAUCUACCCAUCCCACCGCAGCUGCAGCCACCCUUCGUCUCUUUUUUCAUGAUUGCAUGGUGGGUGGCUGCGACGCCUCGGUCUUGAUCUCUUCCAAUGCUUACAAUAAAGCAGAAAGAGACCAAGACAUUAACGAGUCGCUGGCUGGGGAUGGUUUUGAUGUUGUUACACGUGUUAAAACCGCUCUAGAAGUUGAAUGUCCCGGUGUUGUUUCAUGUUCAGAUAUUCUCGCGGUUGCUACAAGGGAUUUGAUAGUUCAAGUUGGAGGGCCUUUUUUUGAAGUGAAAUUAGGACGAAAAGAUGGGUUAGAAUCGAAAGCAACAAAUGUCGAAGGCAAACUAGGGAGGUCGAAUAUGACGAUGAAUGACAUUAUUCGUAUAUUUGAAGGCCAUAAAUAUACCAUAAGAGAAAUGGUGGUGCUAAUGGGGGGUGGUCAUACCAUUGGGUUCGCCCAUUGUAAAGAAUUCCAAAGUCGUUUAUUUGGGCCAAAACCCGACCCAUCCGUCCAUCCAAAAUUAGCCGAGAGGUUAAAAGCAAUGUGUGCAAACAGCUCCUCAGACCCGUCGGUGUCGGCCUUCCUCGACCCAAUUUCCGCAGGAAACUUUGAUAACAUGAUUUUUAAAAAUUUGUUAAAUGGGCUUGGGGUCUUGAGUACGGAUCAAGCCAUGGCAUCCGACCCGAGAACCCGGCCCUUUGUUGAGGAAUAUGCUAGGGACCAAGUAGUAUUUUUUAAGGACUUCGCACGUGCGAUGGAGAAAACAAGCGUGUAUCAAGUGAAAACAGGAAAUCAAGGAGAGGUCAGACGCAGAUGUGAUGCAUUUAACAAUUUACCAAGCGGUAAAACUGUUUAA